CCCAAAGUAGUCGAUGAUUCAAGUUUGGGUUCUCUUUUUUUAAAUUAACAUUAAACAAUACCUAUAACUUCAAACCGCCUGUUCGGAAAAUUAAAAGUUAAGAGCAAAAUUUAUAAGCAAUAAAAAUUAAGCUGCAGGCAUAAGAAAGGAGCAAAGAAAAACACCUUAAGCACCCUUGAUUAAAAAACUCUCAGGGUCACUUUGAACAUCCUUCCUGCUUGAAAACACAAAUAUCUGGGUUUAAUUUUCAUAGAAGUUCUCUAACAAAAGCUUACUGAAUUAAUCAUGCAGUGCGAAGAGAUAAAGGAUGAUGAAGGUCCUUCCAACACACUGGAGCAUUUUACAGAACUAGAGCAGGUUUUGAGCAUGAUCGAUAAUCUACGGCCAACGGAUGCUGCAGGAUUUGAGAAAGACUUUGAACAAUACUCAGAGGUUCUGUCAAGAUAUCAAGAACAGCCUCACCUGCUGGACCCACAUUUGGAAUUGCUGCUGCAAAAGUUAUUGACAAAAGUACGUGACGCCAAUUUGCCUGAGAACCAAAUGCAUGCUGCCUUCAAAUAUCUAUACAUCAUCUGUAAAGUUCGAACCUACAAAGUCUUAGUAAAGUUUCUACCACAUGAACUGAGCGACCUGGAGUUUGCUCUGGAUCUAUUGGAAAAACAGAAUCCCAAGGAGUUUAAGCAUUGGGAAACUCGUUAUAUGCUUCUCCUAUGGAUGUCCAUAUUGGUUCUGAAUCCUUUCCAUAUGUCUCGAUUGGACGCAUAUGUCGUCGAUGGUGCCAGUAAUGAGUUGAUAACAAACCAUAUCCAGAAUAAAACCAAAAUGGAACGUAUUUUCGACCUGUGUAAAUUGUAUACAUCUUCCAAUGAUACAUGCAGCAAUAUGUCAGCUUAUUUAGCUGCAAAAUAUUUCGUUAGAGCUGACAUUAAAGAUUUGUAUUUGGAUCGAUUUUUCGAUUGGGUUAUAUCACAACAUCAGUCUGCUACAGUGGAAAUCAAAUUUGGACAACUAGCCGCCGUGGCUGCCAUAUUAAAGCAUGGUAAACGUGAAGAUCUAUUGCCGUAUGCAGACAAACUGCUGCAGUGGAUAGUAAGUUGCGAGUAUAAAGAUGGAUCGGACUUCUUGAAAUACAAGUCAUAUAUAAAGAUUAUACAAAGGAUAGGUUUGAUUUAUCUAAAACCUCGUAUAGCCAGCUGGCGCUAUAAAAGAGGUACACGCUCGCUUGCCUCAAAUCUUCAAGGGCACAAUGUACACAAUUCAAUUAAUACAAGCGACGAAAGGCAGCAGCAGCCAGAAGAGGUUGAAAGCUCGGAGGAGGAAAUUUUGGUUCCCGAUGCAAUAGAAGAAGUCAUAGAGGAACUUUUGCAAGCCCUAAGAAGUGGGGGCAAUGACAUACGCUGGUCAGCAGCCAAAGGUAUUGGCAGAGUUACAAACCGUCUGUCUAGAGAAUUGGCUGACGAGGUCAUAGGAUCAGUCAUUGACAUAUUAAAUCCCUUGGAACCCCAUGAGGCCUGGCAUGGUGGCUGCUUGGCCUUGGCCGAAUUGGCAAAAAGGGGAUUAUUGCUGCCCUAUCGCCUAAAGGAAUUGGUUCCAUUGCUGCUGCAAGCAUUAUUCUAUGAUGAAAUGAAGGGUUAUAUGUCUGUAGGCCAGCAUAUUCGAGAUUCCGCCUGUUAUAUGUGUUGGGCAUUUGCGAGGGCCUAUAAUCCAGAUGAUUUUCAACCCUUUGCCCAAGAUGUUUCAGCUGGUCUGCUAACAGUAGCUGUUUUUGAUCGUGAGAUCAAUUGCCGCAGAGCCGCUUCAGCUGCUUUUCAAGAAAGUGUUGGACGUUUGGGUAAUUUUCCCUAUGGCAUUGAGAUUUCCACUACCACGGAUUUCUAUUCAGUGGGUUUGAGGCAUAACUCAUACCUAAACAUUAGCAACUUUAUAGCACAGUAUGAGGAAUAUCAAAAACCCUUAAUUGAUCACCUUAUCGAGCGCAAAGUAAAUCAUUGGGAUCCAGCAAUAAGGGAGCUGACUGCCAAAGCGCUGAACAAAUUGACACGCAGGGCGCCUGAGUAUAUGUCGCAUGUAGUUUUGGAUAAACUGUUUGUAAAGACUGAUUCAAUCGAUAUAAAUACCAGACAUGGCAGCGUGCUAGCCUUGGGUGAGAUAAUAUUGGCAUUGCACCAACUGGAGGAUGAACGAGAGGAAAAGAUCAAUUCACUAUCCAAUCAAACAAUUUGCAACAUGAAUGAAUUAAUCGCAAAAUUUUUGCAACGUGAUCUGUUUCGUGGCAUGAGCGGAGAAAUGAUGAAACAAUGUUGCACUGACUUCAUACGCAAUUGUAGUUCGGCCAAGGUUUCAUGCACUCCUCAAUGCUUGGAUUCUUGGCAGGAUGUUAUUGACAAAUGUUUGCUUCACAAAACUGCGCCCAUUCGAGAAUCGGCCACUUUGGCCUUUUCCAAACUUUGCGAAGCUCAUUAUAAUACACCAGAAAGAAGUUCUGCCAAUGCGGAAAUUGUCACAUUCUAUCUUAAAGGAUCCGACAAUGACCAGGAGGAGAAUAUACGCAUGGGUUAUAUAAGUGCAUUGGGAGCUUUGCCUUUAUUUAUGAUUGCCCCGCUAUUUGAUGAUAUUUUAGAAAAUCUCAUAAGACAUUCCUUAACACCAUAUCAAGCAAUUUGUGAAGGUGAAUCACUAAAAGAACAAGAAGUUCAAAGCACAAAAAACUGGAGCGAAGCUCGUAGAGAUAGCGUUAAAGCCCUUAACAAUGUGGUAAAGGCUGUUGGCUUUGAAAAAAAUGCAAGAGUAUCGUUUGGAAAUUCCAAAUACUUAAACAGAGUAAUCGAUUGUUAUCUAAAAGCCAUGGAUGAAUACACCUUGGACAAUCGUGGUGAUAUUGGGGCAUGGGUUAGAGAAGCCGCCAUGAGUGCUAUUUUUGAUCUCCUAAAGCAUUGUCCCAAGGAUUUACUACAACCACAACAAAUACGAAAUAUUAUACUUGGUUUUAUGCAACAAUCAGUGGAAAAAAUAGAUCGAACUCGUGGUCUGGGUGGUCGUUUGCUAUGUCAAAUUGUACACUUAGAUCCCAUCAUACCUUAUAUAUCUCAUCACGAAAAACUACAGGAAAUCUUUCCUCAAGAUGCCAACUCUGUGUUAUGGCUAUUUGCUGAUCACACAUUUCCUCUAUUUUGUUCUUUACUCGAAUUUCCCGAAUAUUCCAGAAGGAUUUUGCUGGGCCUGAGUGCAAGUAUUGGCCAACUGACUGAAUCCCUUAUAAAGUAUGCAUCGGCGGCAUUAUUCCAAUUCCUAAGAAGUCACAAUGCCGAAAUUGGGAGACUAUGUAAGGAAAUUGUAUUGAACUUCGAAGAAAACCUUUUGAAUGAACGCGUGACAUAUCCCAUGCUGAAUUUUUUGGACAUUAUUAUAGCAUCGGGUACAAUUAAUACCGUUCUGCUGGAUGAUUCUUCAACAUUUGCCGAUGAUAUAUAUCGUUUACUCAAUUUAGAAAUCAAAGGUCACAAAAAACUUUACAAAUUGGUAUCCAGUAUUAAUGUCUACUGUCAACUGGUGCAAGUUCCACGUUUAUGCAAAAAAGUCCUUUCCAAGAUGUCUGUGUUUCUCGGCCUUACACAUGUGCAUGUGCGCAAAACUACAGCCACCAAACUCUAUGAAGCCUUGGCAUUGCAUGGUGAUAUUUGUGAGAUAAGUGAAGAUAAUAUGGACGAGAUCUUAAAUAUACUCUCGGAAACGGAUUGGGGUUUGCCCUUGGUUGAAGUUAGGCCAAUACGUAAUCAACUGUGUGAUCUCAUGGGCAUAAAAGCACCCAUGUCUGCAGCAACUAAUAGCACUAAUAAUUAAAUAACAAUAAAAAAAAGAAAUCACAAAACCGUUAAACGGAUUCCAUUUGGCACAAUAAGAAAAACAGAAAACGUUAAUAUAUUUGAAAAUAAAACAUAACCCAUAAUAAUGCAAUUA